AUGCAUUUCCUCCUCCUUGGUGCCACUGGCCGCACCGGCAAAUGCGUUGUAGCCGACUUGCUUUCUCAAGGUCACACAGCUGUCGCCCUCGUACGCAACUCUAGCAGUCUUCCCACCGAUCCCAACCUAACCAUCGUCACUGGUUCGCCACUCUCAAAGGAUGACAUCCGCACAGCUGUUACUGCCUCGCCUGGUCUAUCACCCGAUGCUGCCAUCAUGACACUUAACACGGUCCGCAAAUCUGACUCCCCGUUCGCGGCUCAAUUAUCACCUCCUCGCUUCUUGGCCGACUCAUGUGCCAAUGCUUGCGAGGUUCUAGAACAAGCCGGCAUUUCUCGCGUUGUGGUCAUGUCGACGGCAGGCGUCGGGAGUUCAUGGGCAAAACUGCCAUGGAUAAGCAAGGCAUUCAUGGGGUGGACUAAUAUCAAAUACGCCCUCGAGGAUCACAACCUCGUAGAUGUGGAGAUUCGGAAGACGCAUAUGGAUUGGACUCUGGUGCGAGCUGUCAGGUUGGAAUUCAAUGACCUGAAGUCACCCAAUGACAAGACCAAGGACGUGGAAACACUAGGAAGUGCGGGCGACGGGAUGACAGUAUCCGACAGCGUUCAUAUUACUAGUGUGUCGAGAUUCCUGGUCAAGGUUGCAGUCGAAGGGCUAUUUGUCAAAGAAGCUGUCGUUGUGAGAAAUUGA